GGAGAUCCAUACAGAAGCCCAGCCACUCGCUUUGAGCAGCUCAUUCCUUAAGUAUGUUGGGACCCAGACCUUUCAGUUUUACUUCAGUGAUCUCAAAAGCAGGAACCUCGUGUUUGCCACUCUUCCAGUUGGUGCUCUCGGACCCACCAUGUGAAGAAAAUGAAAUGUGCAUAAACUAUAAAGAUCGAUACACAAGGGACUGGUAUAUCUGGUUCUUGCUGCUGAUUUUCCUGGUUACUCUUCUCUGUGGAGUCAUGUUCUUCUGCCUCCAGUGCUGGCUGAGGAGACCCCGAAUGGAAUCCCCAAGUCGCACCAUGGCUGUUUUUGCUCUUGGAGACUUGGACCCCGUUUAUGGGACAGAAGUGGCUGUAACACCAACUGUUGGAAUUCACCUUCAAACUCCAAACCCUGAAAUGUGUCCUGCUCCAUGUUUUGGCACUUUAGACCCCCCACCUCCAUAUGAAGAAAUUCUGAAAUCAAGCCGAUAGCUCCAGAUCAUCAACUGACAACAUUAGAAAUAUUUUUUAAAAAUUCUGAAAUGUCAAAUGUAGGAACAAUUGUUUUAUUUAGUGUGAAUUUUCAGAAAUCAAUUAAUAUAGCCUGAAAAAGGACAAUUAAUAUAGUCUGCAAAAAGACAAGAGAAUGAAUGUAGAGAAAAAAUUUCGGUCAGGGAGAUGUUGCAGUAGUGAAUUACUGGACUUUACGUGUAUCAUUGCUGUGUUCUGUUUCAUGCUAUACAACCAAGUGAUUGUCUCUCUAUCAACACUCCCAUUAACACAUGGAGUAGUCUCCAUUAAGUACGAUUCCACUCCAGUACACAUCACAGCUUUCUCUGACUUAUUCUCUGUUUUCAUCCGACCCCUCCCCUCAUAUGGAGUUAAUAAGAGUUAUCAUAAUUAAAUGAUGGUCCAAGCGGAGAUUCAGACAUGUCCAGACCCAAACCAGAAAGAGAAUAUUUGAAUUAAGGUAAAAGGUGAGAGUAGGAACAAGGGGCACUCAGAGUUGAAGGAUGAAGGGUGAAUGAAGGAGAUUAAAAGUCCUCGUUCGAAAAGGUGCCUGUCUCAGCCUGAGGAGAGAAAAAGUGUAGAUGGAGGCUAAAGGAGACCCCAAAACUGUGCGGCAUGUGUAAUAACACAGUGUGGAGAAGGAGGAGGCUCCUGUUUGGAUGGUAAAUGUAGGCUCUAGAGCCCAGAGUCUUUCUCUGGUACCUGGAGACUCGGCAUUUCUUGGGGAACUAUGAUAAGAAUCUUUGGCUUAGAUAUCAAUGUUCUUAUUGAGAACACUGACUACAGAAGUAGCAAUGGGACAGUUUCAGCAUUUUUGCCGUGACCAUGAGCAACAGGGGGCCAGGAAAUGAAAUCCAUGCUAGAACAGCCAGUGGUGUUCAGCUGACAAAUCUGUUAAACAAAACAACUGACACCUCCACGUGUUUAUUUAAAAUACCUCUUAAGACAGCUUGACCAAAUUUAUCUCCUAAUCUUUUCGCAAACUUGAUUUUCCAAACUUUC